GCUAUGAGCGCUGAAAGACCUGUUUAUUACCUGGACGGAGAGUCUCUGACCCCCGAGAUGUUGAUGGAGCUUGGAUAUGGAAAGUACAAGCUGGAUCUUAGCAAGGAGGCUUGGGCCAAAGUGGACAAUGGAAGAAAGGUCGUGGAUGACAUUGUGGAAAAUAAGAUUGUAAAGUACGGAAUUAACACCGGAUUUGGAAACUUCAAGGAUGUCGUCAUUCCUCCCGAAUCCGUCGAGGAGUUGCAGGUGAAUCUGAUCCGAUCCCACGCUUCUGGAGUGGGUGAGAACCUCAGCUACGAGCGUUCGUUGCGCAUGCUCGCUCUGCGCUGCAACGUCCUCGCCAAGGGCCACAGUGGUGUGAGCCACGAGUCUCUGCAGCGCGCUUUGGACUUCUUCAACGCGGGCGUUGUGUCUGCGAUUCCCCUGAAGGGAACCGUCGGCGCUUCUGGCGAUCUGGCCCCUCUGGCGCACCUGUGUCUGGGUCUGAUCGGUGAAGGCGAGUCGUGGGACCCUGCCGACCACCAGAUCAAGCCGACUGCGGAGCUGGUGGCGAAGUACGGUUUGACCCCCGUGCACCUGCGUGCGAAGGAGGGUCUGGCGUUCAUCAACGGCACGCAGUUCAUCUCCACGCUGGGCGCGGAGGCGCUGGUGCGCGCUGAGCACGCCGCUCUGGAGGCCGAUGUGAUCUGCUGCAUGACGUUCGAGGCGCUGCGCGGCACGACGGCGGCGUACCGCCACUUCAUCCACGACGCGCGCAAGCACGGAGGCCAGCGCGCCGUGGCGCAGCGCAUGCGCGCGUGCCUGAACAACCCGCUGUACUCGAGCGAGAUCUUCGAGAAGCUGACCGACAAGAAGAAGGUGCAGGACUCCUACACGCUGCGCUGCGCGCCGCAGGUGCACGGCAUUGUGCACGACACGCUGGCGUUCGUGCGAGGCAUCCUGACCACGGAGCUGAACAGCGCGACCGACAACCCCAUGAUCUUCCGCGACGAUGACGGCGAGCCCGUGAUCAUCUCCGGAGGCAAUUUCCAUGGCGAGUACCCCGCCAAGGCGCUGGACUACCUGGCCAUCGCCAUCCACGAGAUCGCCAACAUCUCGGAGCGCCGCAUUGAGCGUCUGGUGAACACCUCGCUGGGCGGCCUGAACCCCUUCCUCACCCAGAAGGAGCGCGGCGGUCUGGACUCGGGCUUCAUGAUCGCGCACUGCUGCGCUGCUGCGCUGGUGAGCGAGAACAAGGUGCUCACCCACCCCGGAUCCGUGGACUCCAUCUCCACUUCCGCCGGACAGGAGGACCACGUGUCCAUGGGAGGAUUCUGCGCGCGCAAGGCGCUCGAGGUCACCGAGAACGUCGAGAACGUCAUUGCCAUCGAGCUGCUCGCCGCCUGCCAGGGAGUGUGGCUGCUGGGAGAGAAGCCCACCGAGCCCAUGCAGAAGGUGUACGACCUCGUGAGAGAGCACGUGACGCCCUACACGCGCGACCGCUUCAUGAGCCCCGACAUCAAGGCUGUGCACAAGCUGGUGAAGGAGAACAAGGUUUGGGAAAUCGUAAAGCCCUAUAUUGAAAAGUAUCAGGAGUACGAGAAGGAGCAUGGCGAGAAGUAAAAACAGAAAGGAUGAUAUGAA